UUAGAAGGACAUCGCCUUUUCAGAUCCGAGGAGUACAAGUUUUAAUCAUUUCUAAGAAUGCUGGCACAUAACAGGAACCAUAAGCCUUUUAAUAAGUUUCGAAAAUAUCAUUCACUACCUGAUGCUCCGAAUUUUUCCAGAUUCAUCCAUCAGAUAAGAUAAGGAGGCAGAUCAGGUGACGAUAUACACCCCGCAUAUAGCCGGACUUAACCCGAAUUAGUGAAUGUGAUAUUUUCAACACCAUCUUAAAAUUCCCCCUCUAUCCAGAAACCCAGAGCCAUUUUCCGAAAACCCCACCUCUCCACAAACACAAAUUACCGACAGAGAAGAGAGACACUACCGCAGCAGACAAAAUGGCACCAUCAGCAACCGCCACCACUCCUCCUCCCCAAACCACCGACCCCAUCAUCCUCACCCUCCGCAAAACCCUCACCACCGAAUCUGAACCCCUCGCAAAGCGCUUCCGCGCCCUCUUCUCCCUAAAGCACCUCGCAUGUCAGGGCUCUUUGCCAUCGAUCGACGCGAUCGCUGCUGGAUUCUCGUCUCCUUCUGCGCUCCUGAAGCACGAACUGGCAUACUGCCUUGGACAAACGAAGAACCUAGCUGCGGUAUCACCCUUGCGAAAGGUGUUGGAGGACAAGGAUGAGGAUUCGAUGUGUAGACAUGAGGCUGCGGAGGCUUUGGGUGCUAUUGGGCAUGAGGGGAGUUUGGAUGUUCUGAGAUUACUUAGAGGUGAUGUGAAUGAGGUUGACGUUGUGAGAGAGACUUGUGAGAUUGCUGUUGCGAGGAUUGAGUGGGAGAAUUCAGAGGGUAGGAAGGGAGAGAAGUUGCAGAAGAGGUGAAUUUACUUUGGUAUACAAUGGGUAAGGCUUUGUUUGCUGACGGUUAAUUCUAUAUUAGCGAUUUCGCAUCUAUUGAUCCUGCCCCACCAGCACCAUUUGCAGAGGAAGCACCCGAAACUGUCGAGACCCUUGAGAAGAAAUUGAUGGAUCCAAGCCUACAUCUGUUCCUACGAUACAGAGCCAUGUUCAGUCUCAGAGAUCUCGCAUCACCCCCAGAUCUUCCAACCGCUGUCCCUGCCGUCAAAGCUCUCGCAAAGGGAUUUGCAGAUCCAUCUCCUCUAUUCAGACACGAAAUCGCAUUCGUUUUUGGACAAUUGUCGCAUCCAGCGUCGAUACCUGCGUUGAGCGCAGCACUUGACAACUUGGAGGAAGUGAGCAUGGUCAGACACGAAGCCGCAGAGGCUCUUGGAAGCUUGGGCGAGGAGGAAGGUGUUGAAGAUACGUUGAAGCGAUUCUUGAACGAUAAGGACGAGGUUGUUAGGGAUAGUGUGAUUGUUGCUUUGGAUAUGGCAGAAUUUGAGAAGGGUGAAGAAGUCGAGUAUGCGCUUAUUCCGGAAGUAACUACUGCUUAGGUAGUGUUAUGCCGAAGACAUACAUGCUAGGUACCAAAGUGCUUGGGCCGUAAUAGCAAAUGCGACUACACUAUUAUCCACAUGCGAGGUCCCAGCGAAUUAAAUUCAUCCAUAUUAUUAUGUUUUCAUUUUUUUUACAGUCGCCGAGUUCCUCAAUUGUUGGUAUUCCACCUGUACUAUAUGUCAACAUACAUCGCAUAAUGAUUUUCUAGGACAGAAAAAGCUUACUUGUGUCCGCAAUCGCAUGUGUAA